AUGGCCUACGUCGCUGCAGCAGUGUUCGCAGCAGUGUCUCUCACCGCCUUGUUCGCCGGCGGCGAGGCCUGCGACAAUGUCCCAUCCAUGACAUGGACCGCGGCGUGCAAGGAGACGAACAAGUGGGAGCAGCUGUGCCAGCAGACGCUCCAGACCGCGACGGACUCCGCCGAGGUGACCGUGUACGCGCUCAUCGCGACGAAGCUGGCCAAGAGCAGGUACGAGGAAACCUUGGCGGAGCUGGACUCGAUGCUGGGCGCCGGGAACCUCCCCGGCGCUGAGCGGUUGGCGAUCGACAGCUGCAAGGAGAACUACAGCGCGGCGCUGAGCAAGAUGGCCGGCGUCGUGGACCACAUGUCCGCCUGUGACUUCUCGCUCGCCAGCAAGGAGUACAUCGACGCCGAGGCCGGCGUCCGUUCAUGCCAGGAAGGACUGCAGCCGUACCAGUUCUUGCCGCUGUUCGCCAAGGUCUCUGCCGAUCAUGAUUUGACCUUGGUCGCGUAUUUACUAGGCGCUAUCAUUGUUGGCAGGUAG